AUGCAGAUUGUCGAAACCGCACUCAGUGCGCCUUCGCUGCGUAGAUCCAAUCGUCUGGCUUCCAAACCUCCCCAGCAAACCACGGGCACAGUCGCUAUGAGCGGACCAAGGCGAAAUCCCAAGCGGAAGGCCAGCGAGGUAGCGAACGAUGUGAACCAUCGCAUCAACUCUGAAGAGCUCCUGAACGAGGCCUUAGCUCCGCUAUCUCAAGAAGACAUCGAAGAAUGGGAAGGUUGGAUAGAGCUUGAGUCGGAACCAGCUUUCUUCAACACCAUACUUGGAGACCUGGGAGUUCAAAAUGUGAAGGCACAGGAGAUUUUCACCAUUGACCAUGAUUCACUCUCGCUCCUACCACAGCCUGUAUAUGGCUUGAUAUUCCUUUUUCAGUAUUUUCCUGGAAUGGAGGAACCAACCGAAGAACACGAUGCAAGCGACGUAUGGUUUGCAAACCAAACUACCAAUAACGCAUGCGCCACCGUUGCGUUGCUCAACAUAGUCAUGAAUGCCGAAGGAAUCGACCUCGGUGAUAAGUUGCGAGCCUUCAAAGAGUCGACGAAAAACCUCAACACAGCCCUCCGGGGCCAUCAGAUCAGCAAAAACAAUUUUAUCCGCACUAUACAUAACUCUUUCACGCGUCGUAUGGAUCAUCUCAAUGCUGACCUAUUUCUCGAAAACGAAUCAUCUGAGGCGAAGUCUACAUCUAAAAGACGCUCGGCACCAAAGGGGAGAAGAAAGGCGCCUUCACGAAAGACGAUGACAGACUUGGACUAUGGAUAUCAUUUCACAGCCUAUGUUCCUGUAGGGGGCUAUGUGUGGGAGCUAGAUGGGCUUCAGAACAAGCCUUGUAGGCUAGAUCCAGUACAAGAUCCCCAUGACUGGACAACGGUCGCGAAACCCCAGAUAGAGGGCCGAAUGCUGCAAUACGAAGAAAAUCAGCUCUCUUUCAACCUCCUAGCAGUCUGUCAAAGUCCUCUAGCAACAUACUCGCAAAACAUUGCUCGUACCACGGCAUCUCUACAAUACCUACGUACCAACACCAAACUCCCCGAUUUCGAAAUGCUUGUCCGUGGCGAGAAACUUCCUCUCGACGUCGACGACGAGUCCCAGCUUUCCGAAUUCAACUUAACCAAAUCGGACAUUGCAAGUGCACAAAUCCCCAAUUCCCUACAAGAUAAGCUCAAGCGACCUACCUUCGACGCCCAGUUCGCAUACGAGCUAUAUCAAGAACUUAUUAUCGAAAUCAAAGCCGCCAUGGGUGAGUAUCGCGCAGAAAUGAUAGCCAUCUCGGACGACGGGCAGCGAGUUAAGGGGCGCAAGAAGGACUAUGGACCUGCGCUGCAUAAGUGGAUGACAAAACUCGCCGAGAAGGGUGUUUUGGAAGACGUGAUCGAAGCAACAACGUCAAAGCAAUAA